AUUACUUACGUCGACAGGGCCGCGCGGUCUUCGCGCCUACAGUAUCAAGUAUUACUCACAGUACAGAAUCUAGAGAUACCACAGCCAGUGCAAAAGUAUCGAUGGACAAUACACACACGGACAUGAACUCCUUGCCACAAGUCAUGGUCAAUGACCAGCUUUGUCCUAUUGAUGUCAGAACAAACUCCAUUAUUGUUCCCAUGCGUAUACCUCUAGAAUCCAUCACACUGCCCAGCCCCCAGCAGCCAACAGUCAAUCCACGCUAUCUAUCUGACCAGCCUGUCUACCAGCUACCCUGGUCCAAGAAGCCCCAGAAGGCGGCAGGCAAGGACAAGAAGAAGAGGGAGAUGAAUCCGUUCCGGCUGUUUGAACCCUCUCAGCCCGCCAGGCCCAGGACCUGUCGAGGCAGCCGAAAAGCCACUGGGAUGAAUCAGACGUUCAGCCCCAGGGUACAUGUCGCAUCGCCUAUGGGAAUGAUGAAGCCACUUCAGAUAGAUGAUACCAUAGCUUCUGUUCCACCAUCCGUAGCGACACGCAUUACUAACCCGGUAAAAACUGUAUACCCAGGAGGGAGGAGUUUCCGGAGGCUAAAACCUUACCUAAAGCCAGUUCCGUUCACCACACACAGACUGCCAGCGGAACAACCAAUAACCUCUCACCAGGGACACCAGGUAGUUAGGCCAAGUCCGACAAUCAUCUAUAAUCAGAUUCCAAGGAGCGUCAGAGAACCAGCAAUUCUGCAUACAAGUUCGACAGUACCGACCUUUGUACCAGUAAACCAACAUGGGGCGGCCAACCGAUUCUUAGAAUACCGAAAUCAGGCCGCAGUCUAUCACCCCAUCCAAACGCACUUCCAGGAACCGGCAAUGAUGGAGGACAAUAAAAACGCGUUUUCUGUACAGUCUGGCUACGGCUCCGAGAAGUUUAGAUUUGAGAAGCAUCUUCUCCCCAUCAAAGUGCCGCCAUACUGUCAUGGAAUCACGACUGGGGUAGACGGAUCUGUCCUGUACGUUCCUCCGGUAACCACUCCACAACCACCACCCAGCACCAUUGGUCAGCGAUGGAAGGGUGUGGCUCCACGCGUUUACCCUUCUGCUAAGUGGGAGUGUGUGGCUCCACGUGUCUACCCUUCUGCUGAGUGGGAGCGUGUGGCUCCACCGGUCUACCCUACUACUACGCGGGAGCGCGUGGCUCCAACCAGCUACCCUUCAAAUCAGUGGGAUGCUGUGGCUCCACCGGUCUACCCUUCUACUGUGCGGGAGCGCGUGGCUCCACCCAAAUACCCUUCAAGUCAGUGGGAGCACGUGGCUCCACCGGUCUACCCUACUACUACGCGGGAGCGCGUGGCUCCACCCAGCUACCCUUCAAUUGAGUGGGAGCUCUUGGCUCCACCGGUCUUUCCUUCUACUACGCGGGAGCGCGUGGCUCCACCCAGCUACCCUUCAAAUCAGUGGGAGCACGUGGCUCCACCGGUCUUUCCUUCUACUACGCGGGAGCGCGUGGCUCCACCCAGCUACCCUUCAAUUGAGUGGGAGCUCUUGGCUCCACAGGUCUACCCUUCUACUACGCGGGAGCAUGUGGCUCCACCCAGCUACCUUUCUAAUGAGUGGGAGCAUGUGGCUCCACCCAUCUCUUCUUCUACUGAGUGGGAAGGUGUGCCUCCCCUUACCUACGCCUCUGUAGUGCGACCUGUGUCAGAUGGAAUAACUCAGCAGACAUCGGAAAACAUGUAUGGUAAGAACCAACUUCACCAUGGAGUCUCCGCAUUCAGAAAGGAGACAUUUGCAAGCUCUCCAGAUUCCUCUCGUUCUGUCCCAAGUCCUGACCUUGACAGGUGUCCAAGUGACCUUGACCUACCCCAGGCCACAUCGAUGGCUCUGAUUGUAGUUGCCAUUGGUGACGGAGCCUUCUUCGAAGACAACAUGUUUCUGGAUGAGUACCGAUCAGUGAGAUACGCCCUGGAUUCAAUUGUGGGAGAGUCUCGACUUAUGGAAGCAUGUCCUGUAAGUGAGGAGGAUGUUGGUGAGGAUGACGUCGAGGACGUUGACGACGAUACAGCAUCGCUGUCAGAAUCGAGUGUCGACAGUGAUGCGGAUGGAGAUUCAGAUAACCGCUCUGAUGCGUGUUGCAGAAGCAGGCUGGGGUAUCGUAAUGUAGUUCGAUCGCUGAGGUGGGUAAAGGGGAAGAUGCACGACCCUGUCGGUUUUGGAAGGAAGUGUAGCCGAGGCACCCCCGGGGAGUUAGGUGAGGGAGCUGCCCUCACUGCCAACCACACAGUGGAUUAUAUACUAGGACUCGACUGCCCACUGCCGCUGUGCGUGGAACCCUGAUUUCAGGACAAACCUUCUUGAAACUGAAGAACAUGUAACGAAAUUGGUCAUUGGCUACUGUUACGCAUAUGAUAGUUUACCAUUUCUUGUGAUGCUACCAAUUCUAUGUGUGUAGUGGACAUGUUGAGAAUAAUGAACUUUUAAUAAAGGUAAUUUUUUGAAA